AGUUAGACAGACAUACGGCUUUUGGUUGGGUUUUAAAUAAAUCCUGUCCUCUUUCAAAAAAAAAAAAUAAAAAUAAAUCCUGUCAGUUUUUAAUUUUAGACUGCUGUUUCUAUUUCUCUUUUCUAUGAUCAGAGCCGGACAUAGAUGUAAACAAGUAACGUGAAAUCCAAGCUUUAGAGAGAGAUGUCACAUGGUGCUGAUAUUAUGGCGGGCAAAGUAGAAGAGAAUAUGGCUGCUUGGCUUCUUGGGAUAAAAAAUCUUAAGAUACAGCCUUACAACAUUCCUCCUGUUGGUCCUCAUGAUGUUAAAGUAGGAAUAAAGGCUCUUGGUAUAUGUGGAAGUGAUGUUCAUCACUUCAAGACAAUGAGAUGCGCAAAUUUUAUUGUCAAAAAGCCAAUGGUGAUAGGACAUGAAUGUGCUGGGAUCGUAGAAGAAAUUGGGAGUGAAGUGAAGACUCUAGCAGUAGGAGACCGUGUAGCAUUGGAGCCUGGAAUUAGUUGCAGAAGAUGCAAUGUCUGCAAAAAUGGUCGUUAUAAUCUCUGUCCUCAAAUGAAAUUCUUUGGAUCUCCACCAACUAAUGGAGCUCUUGCUAAUAAGGUAGUGCAUCCUGCAAAUCUAUGUUUCAAACUACCUCAAAAUGUGAGUUUAGAGGAAGGAGCAAUGUGUGAACCCCUCAGUGUUGGCGUCCAUGCUUGUUGCCGUGCAAAAAUUGGUCCUGAUACAAGUGUACUGAUUAUGGGAGCUGGACCAAUAGGCCUUGUCACCAUGUUGGCUGCUCGGGCAUUUGGUGCUCCUAGAAUCAUGAUUGUUGAUGUUGAUGAUCGCCGUCUAUCCAUUGCAAAGAAUCUUGGUGCAGAUGGGAUUCUUCAAGUCUCCACAAAUAUUGAGGAUGUAAGUGAAGAAAUAACAAAGAUACAGAACAUUAUGGGCUCAGGCAUUGAUGUAACCUUUGAUUGUGUUGGGUAUGAAAAAACCAUGUGUACAUCUCUAAACGCUACAAGUUCAGGUGGCAAAGUUUGCCUUAUUGGUUUAGCCUUGACUGAGAUGACUGUCCCUCUUACUCCAGCUGCUGCAAGGGAGGUUGAUGUUAUCGGCAUAUUCCGUUACAGAAACACAUGGCCGCUCUGCAUUGAGUUCUUGAGGACUGGUAAGAUUGACGUUAAGCCAUUGAUAACUCACAGGUUUAGCUUCUCACAAGAAGAGGUAGAAGAAGCCUUUGAAACUAGUGCUCGUGGUGGCGACGCCAUUAAGGUCAUGUUUAAAUUGUAAGCAUUAAAAGUGCUGUGCAUUUAAGCAGUGAUUCUAAGCUGUCUUCAUGUAUAACAAAAAGAAUUGAUAGAAUGAAAAUGCAUCUUAUCUGUUGUUACUCCCA